AUGGAAAAAAAGCUGAAUGGGAUAUCAGUGGACAAAAUAGAUCCAUUUGACCCAGAGGUAAAGGAUAAGUAUCAGUUGUUCAAGGAAGAAAUCACCCGAUCCGCGUUAUAUUCGUUACGCGAGAGGAUUCCUAAGAAAAUUCUGUAUUUUAACUCACUAGUGGCUCAAAACUCCAAAAAUGGAUGCACUUUCAGCUCCGUUGACCUUGAUCAGGAAUCAUACAGAUGUCUGGUAAACCAUGAUGUCGAUUCCAAAAGGGCCAAAAGGACCCAUGAUCAAACCGGAGACGUCUUUCUACCAUCACAUAAACAAAUCUUCGCAGAACUCGAAAAAAUAAAGCUCGAAGCUUCUGAAUUAAUUGAAAUUAUAAGUAAUAUAAAGCUGUGGAUCCAGUUGAACGUCCCAAGAAUCGAGGACGGGAACAACUUUGGAGUUGGAAUUCAGGAGGAAGUAAUACAGGAACUUACAAGAGUUGAAGAUACGGCAUUCAACUUAUACGACGCCAUAGUCAAAUAUUAUAUGGCAAGGGCCAAACUGUCUACUAAAGUCAUAAAAUACCCACACGUGGAUGACUACGGAGAGGCAAUAAGAGAAUUGGACGAGAAGGAAUGGAUCCAUAUAAAAAUUACCAGGGUUGAUAUGAGAAAUAAUUAUAGCAUGUUAUAUGAUUUACUUUGCAAGGUAUUCUACCAUAUCCAUACACAUUAUAUAUACCCUAGUAAAUAG